UUGUGAGAAGCAAUUUAUCAACGAGUCCAAUAAUUGUACGAACGAUCGUUCUGUUAUACGAUCGUAUACUAGCAUAUAUAUAUAUAUACACAUGCGUUAUUGUAAAUCAACGAGUCAGGUCUGGAGUUACUGUUAAUAUUGGCCAACUGGUAGCUGGCAGUGAAGAAAUUGCCGCUAGUAUUGUCAUCGAGCACUCAAGUGUAGUAUAGGAGAGCCAUUGAGCAUCGAGUGCCGCGUCGGUUAACAUCCGAGACUCACUACUGUUUGAUUAUGGAGUCAGUUGUCGCAGCACAGGAUUUCUUUUACAACAAAUUUAUGAUAAUUAACGAUAAUUUGUACACAGAAAACCUUUCGCCAAUUGUCUGAUGAAAAUGUCACACUUCGAAUUUCAAAUGAUCGGUAGCCCAAGCCGUCUUUGUGCGUAAUCCCUAAGUAGAAUAUUACCAGAGACAAAAAAAUCGCAGUGGAUUACGCUACGUGAGAGUCGUUGGCAAUGGUUAUUAAUAAUAUUAUAUAAAUUACACCAGUAGAAUUGAUACAUGAUGAAAAUCAGGAAGAAACGUCUACUUCUAAACAUAGUUUUUUUUUCAAGUGAUAGGAGGUUUUCUUAUUUAGUCGCAAAAUAAUUUUCCAUAAAAUGUUGAUAUUAAAUCGAACUAAUCUUCAAUCGGAUUAAGAUUAAUGAAAUAGACGUUAUCUUGGAUCAUAAUGCACAGUUAAAAGUGGAUACUACUUUAUUAUUAUUGUGAUAUAUAGGGCCUAGUGAACAGAACGUUACUAAAAUGGAAUUACCUCAAUAUAUGAAAUUAAGUUUUCAAAGUUUAUCGACACUUGCCAUAUUCAUAUUUACAUUACGAACGGGUGCUGGCAUCCCGAAUCCAGAAAUCAGGGUCAUUGAACCCGAGUUCCGUCCUGUUCCUGAAAAUGUAACCCACAAAGGAGGUGAUAUGGCCAGGUUAUUCUGUACGGUAGAUAACCUUGGUGAUAGAACGGUAAUAUGGAGAAAAUUACCGGAAAUUAGUCCUUUAACAAUAGGAACAGACACAUGGGCAGACGAUUCCAGAAUACAUGUCGAGCACGUGACAAAAGAUAACCAAUGGAAUCUUCUUAUCGAUGACGUAACUCGGCUUGAUUCAGGCACAUACGAAUGUCAAGUCAGUACCCACCAAAGAAAGAUGAGAAAUCGUGUACGAUUAAAAGUUAUAGAUGACCCAGUGAAAAGAAAUCCAGUUAUGCAAGUCAGUGGUACGCAGUUUUUGGAAAAAUAUUCAAAUAUGCAAAUUUACUGUAAAACGUCAACUAUAUAUAACGGACAAUCUAACGUCGUUUGGUUUAAAGAUGGCGAUACAUUAUCCCCGGCUUCGGACAAUAGAAUAAAAAUAGAAACUUAUUCUUCCAUACAAGAUAAUACAGUUACCAGUUUAUUAAAGAUAGACCAAGUAACGCAAAGUGAUAGUGGUCUUUAUGUUUGUCGUAAUUCUAACAGAAAGGAUAUGACAACAGUUCAAGUAUUUGUUAUCAAUGGUGGAUCUAAUAAUGUAAAAAGAGCGGGUUCUUUUGAUUUACCAAGUUGUGGCGUCGGAUUAUCACCUAUGGAUAUCAAAGCUGUAUGUUUGUCGAUAUACACGUUAAUAUUAUACUGGUUUGUGACAUGAUAAAUAUUUUUAAAAUCCUACAUUUAUUUUCUCGGCAGCAACGUUUUUUAAUGGGUUGUGAUCUAUUUGAAUGUAUAUUGUGUAAAACUGAAUGUCCAAGAAUGAGAUUGAAAAUGACAAAUCAAGAUGACUUCAAUGCGACUUAGAUGGAGGCGACAGAAGUGGAAGUAUAUAUACAGACAUGUAGAUAAGAAUCUGUGAUCAAUGCAAAUUAUUAAAAAAUAAUUGAAAGCGAAUAAAAUAACUCACAACUCAAAAUAGGAAUCUCGUAGCAGCAACAUCGCGACAAUAGUGAAAGGCAAGUUACGAGUUGUUAUUUUUCAAUUGAAGACUCGUAAAACCCUCGGAUUGAGAUAACAGAUUAAAGAAAGAUCUUCAUGGUGCAUUUGUGUAUUUUAUCUGUUAGGGCAAUUGUGCUAUAGACCCGUCGUAGGUGGUAUAUGAUCCCUGUUCAUCUGAUAUAUCAAAAACAUGUGUUGGAAUUAUUUUCUUACGAAACAAUCAUAUUGGCGAUGGUUUUCCUAACGAAUUAAUUGAAAACACACUAGGAGAGCAUCGUAUCAUAAGACGAACAUACAAAAAGACUUUUAGUGAAAUGUCAAUACGAGACGUAACCCUAAGUUAAAGACAUAUUUCUCAAAAUUACCAAACAUUUGUACGUAUAAUAUUUAAAGAAUUUAUGUUAUAUAGAGUAAUUGAAAACAUGAUGGCGGUCACUUCAAGCAAAGUAUUUUAUUGCUGUUAAACACCCUGUUUUGUAUUAACUAUUUAAACAUUUGAGCAUUUUUAUAUACAUUAAAUCUACUGUUUGGUCCGCAGUUAAAUCAACUAUGUGAAUGUGUGUUGUAGUAAAAGGACACCCUAGAAAUGUUUUAUACGCAACUAACAGAAUGGCUUUAAGGAUAAUACUAUAAUGAUAUUAAAGUAACGUAAAUAAGUGACCAAAAAUUGUGUAAAAAUGCUUUCUAUUUUCCAGCCUCAUCACUACAACUCUUUAGAAACAAAUAUAAAUCGCUAUUGCGUUGCUAAUUGUGUAUUGUUUCUAUCUUCGUGCUCUAAUUGUGUGCACGUAACAACACAUUUUAGCGAUGAAGUCAUGAACAUUUUUGUUGAACUUUGACUUUUUAUUGUAUUGUAGUAUUAAAACAACUAUACCUCGGUAGAAUUAUAAUUCACACGUGUAUAUAAGAUGUAUAAUAUUUUCUUUUAUUCUUUUGCAGAUUUUUGAAAUUGUUUAUGUAUAUGCUCAGAGUGUGAUACGUAAUAUACUUUAAUGUAUCAAUUUAGCGCAAAAGAUAUCCCGAUGUUAAUAUGGUAAUAUGUCUACAUAUUGUGUUUGUUGCGAUGAUUUUAUCACUCAAAAGACAGUUUUUGCCGAGUUAAUUUUACUAACGCGCUAUGUUGUAUGUCGCCAUUUCGUUUUAAAUGCGCACGCUUGCGUUAUGACAUUGUUCUUUGGAAAUUUUAGCUACAUACUCCAUUAUCACCGUGCGUUAUGUCGAUAUAUACUACCGCGAAAUGAAAUAUGAUGACAAUGCUUCAGAAUAGUAAUAUCUUAACGCAAACGUGCACAUUCAGGACGAAAUGAAGGCACACAACAUGGUGCAUUGAUUCAAUUAACUCAGCAAAAAUUGUCUUUUCAGGGUUAAAUUCAUUCCAACAAUCACAAUAUCUUGAUAUAUUACCAUAUUAAUAUCGCGGUAUCUUUCAUUAUAUUGACACCUAUACGCUUCCAUAAUCAAGCCCCUAAUUUGUCAAAUGAGGCAGGAUUUAGGGAGCUUUUCUUCUUGCGAUAGUGUAUUUAAGUACAGAUCAACAAGAAGAAGCUAAUUUAAAUAAAAAAACCCAACUAAAUUAUGUAGCCGAUAUCACUUUAGUUAAUAUUAAAGAAGUUGUAUUACUGUA